AUGGAUGACUACGAUUUUUUAGGUCUGCUUACCCAAGAUGUUACCUAUCAGUCCGAAUACGUUGGACACAACCAAGACUUCCACGCAUUUGGCACAACGUUCUUCCAGCAUGGCCAUGGAAGGAUCCCAGUCGACCUGAUCCCACCAUCUCUGGCACCGCGUCAACCUUUGAAAGAGAGCACGAACACCUUUGCAGGACCAAUGAAAGUUAAGAAGAUCACAGCAGAACAGAUCAACAAAAUCUUCUCUCCACUCCCCCAGCGGAAGAUUUAUAAAUCCACGAAGAGGGGCCCAACACCCGUCAUUGGAAGGACAACAUCAGAGCCGCCAAAGAAGAAAGCAGAUGUCAUCCCAUCUCCAGUCAAGAGACUUAAUAACGAGCUAAGCAGUAAGGAAAAAGUUGGCAGAAGCCGUUUCGUAUUCGGAAAGAAGAAGUCAUUGUUCGAAAAUGGAGAAGCUUUCAUGUACUGUCGUAACACAAUGAGCAUGAACAAAGGGACAUCCCAUAAGUCCGGCAAGUGGCAGGAAGCACAGGAGGCGCAUGUAAAGAAGAGCAAAGUGAAUGACGUGGGCCUGAAGGAGCUGCUGGACUUAGCGGAGCAGGAAGAGAGAGACGUCGCAAAGAACACCACGGACUCUGAGAAGAAGAGCGAACAGAAAGGAGAGGAAGGAAGUAUGAAACAGUGGCUAAAGAAACAUGGCGAACUUAAGGAAUUCCGUCUUAAGCCCAUGCCACCACCAAAGAAGAAAGCCCCUUUGGAGUAUCCCAGAGGAACGAAGGGGAAGAUCGAUAAUACAAUGAAGCUUCUCAGGCCCAUAAUCGGAGAUCACUACAAGGCUAACCCAAAAAUUCUCAAGAUCCCAGUGGAAGACAUUGUGCAGAAGAUUAAUCAAUGUUACAUAGAGCUCUCUGCGGAAGCAAAGGAGAUCCCAUCCCAAUUUAAGCCCAAGAACAAAAAAGCGAUUUCAGCAGGUGGUGGCACUACGGAGGAAUGA